CCGGCGAGGGUCAGUGCCUGCGCAUCCCCGUCGCGCAGGCAGACAUUGCUGGGACGGAGCCGAUGCGAAGGAGAACUCCGCUUUUUGGCGUUGAUUUUGCCGCUAAGCCCCCCGCUGCCGCCUCUGUUUCCACACCCGAGACACCCUGGGAUACUGAAGAUGAUUUUACACGCCAAAUCUGCAUUAUGAGAUGGAAGGCACAUAGGCUGAGAUGAUGAGAAAGACAGUUAAAUCUCGGUCUACUGAGAGCUCUGCUGCUGCCGAGCGUUUAGCCGAUUAUAAAGGAGAUCUGGGCAGUGCAGGUGGGUGCUCUACCGGGGAAGACCACGGUGGGGGUGGGUGCUGCAGUGCUGGCAGUGGGGGUGCCAAUUCAGACACCCUCCCAGCCAUCAGCCCAGCCACCACCAACAGUGGGGGAACUGGCUGUGCUAGAGUGCAGAAGGAGAGCGGUCAGCAAAGUGCCACCGUCAACCAGCAUACUGCUCCCACUUCCACUUCCAAAGACCUCAGUAUAAAGGGCAUGAAGGAGAAAAAGCCGUCAACCAGCUCACUGGGGACUGGGGACAGCACGCAGGUCAAGGUGGUGCGGGUUAUGGUGGAUGACUCAAAGCCCAAACACACUUCCAAAAAGAACAGGCCAAUCCAAGCAGACCUCGAUGUGUCCAAGGAGUUCAACAGAUGCAAAGAUGAUGGCGCCCUGCGAUUGGACCUUAGCAACUCUAGCAUCAGCCAGAUCCCUUCUUCAGUACACAACCUCACACACCUUGUGGAGUUUUACCUGUACAGCAACAAGCUUACCACACUACCCCCAGAGAUAGGAUGUCUGGUCAACUUGCAAACACUUGGAUUGUCAGAAAACUCCCUGACCUCACUCCCUGACACCUUGGCCAACUUAGAGAAGUUGCGUGUGCUGGACCUCCGUCACAACAAGCUAUGCGAGAUCCCAGAUGUGGUUUACAAACUCACUUCUCUCAUCACGCUCUAUCUCAGGUUCAACAGGAUCAGGGUUGUUGGUGAAGAUAUCAGAAACCUUAAAAAUUUAAUAACCUUAUCAUUACGAGGAAACAAAAUUCGACAACUGCCAGCAGGCAUAGGUGAGCUGACAGGUUUGGCAACGCUGGACGUAGCCCACAAUCACUUGGAGCACCUGUCAGAAGAGAUUGGUAAUUGUCUGUGCCUGCAGACCCUCCACCUGCAACACAACGAGCUCCUUGACCUACCACAAAGCAUUGGCUGUCUGAGAAAUCUUACCUGUUUGGGUCUCAAGUAUAAUCGGUUGACAGCUGUUCCACGAUCACUAAGCAAGUGCAUACACCUUGACGAAUUCAAUGUUGAGGGCAACCAGAUCUCACAACUUCCUGAGGGCCUCCUGAGCUCCCUCUCCAACCUCUCUUCCCUUACUCUGUCACGUAAUGCCUUCAACUCUUACCCUGUAGGAGGCCCUUCCCAGUUCACCAAUGUGCACUCCAUUAACUUGGAGCACAAUCAGGUGGACAGGAUUCCAUAUGGCAUUUUCUCUCGAGCUAGGCACCUCACCAAGCUCAACAUGAACUACAAUGGGCUCACAUCACUCCCACUUGAUAUUGGGUCCUGGCAGAAUAUGGUGGAACUUAACUUGGGUACGAAUCAUUUGACAAAAGUUCCAGAUGAUAUAUCUUGUCUACAGAGCUUAGAAGUUCUUAUUUUGUCAAACAAUAAUCUCAGGAAAAUUCCUUCAAGUAUAGGCAACUUACGCAAGCUUCGGGUGUUGGAUCUAGAGGAGAAUCGUCUAGAAGGGUUGCCACCUGAGAUAGGGUUCCUUAAAGAUCUACAAAGGCUUAUAGUCCAAUCCAAUCAGCUUUCUGCUCUGCCACGUGCUCUGGGGCAUUUAGUCAAUCUAACUUACCUGAGUGUUGGUGAAAAUAACCUGAGUUACCUGCCAGAAGAAAUAGGGACUCUGGAGUCCCUUGAGACUUUAUACAUCAAUGACAAUCCUCAGCUGCACAACCUACCCUUCGAGUUGGCACUCUGCACAAAUUUGCAGAUAAUGUCUAUUGAAAACUGUCCUUUGAGUCAGAUACCUCCCGAGAUUGUGGCUGGUGGCCCAUCUUUUGUUAUCCAAUUUUUGAAAAUGCAGGGUCCAUACCGCACAAUGUGAGGGUGAUGCCCUCGUUACCAGGAGUCACGUCGGGAGGUCCGAGCAGACAUACAUCAAGAGGAGCAGUCUCAGUGGCUGUUGCUCCCCGGCCGUGCUCUGCCUCUCCUGCACCUCUUACACUGUUCCUGCUGCUCCUACACCCAUAAUUGUAUUUGCUGCUUGUGGUUCAGGCUGGCACAACAGCUGUGGUUCAUGUCCGUACUGCUUGUGGUUCAGGCUUAUGUGACAUCAUUGUUGUCACCAGUGGCAACCGAAAGGAAUCUAGCCUGUGGACGUGAAACCCAGCAGCCAUCUGUGGCAUUUGGGUGACAGCAGAGAGAAGCUUGGAUGUGUCAGGGACGCAGGCUGCCCAUGUGAAAUGUGAUAUUGUGCUUUUCUUGUUAGGUAUAAGUGUGUCACCAAGCCAGGCUAGAGGAGGACGAGGUGGUAACUGAAACCUGGCCUGGCUUUGGUCAUGUCUGGUGUGAGAAGCAUGGUAUGGGACAGUGGUAAUGGUAGGAAGGUGGCCCCCAUCCACUUUGCCAGUCUUUGUACUGGUCACAGGAGGUAUGAUCAAGUAGGAAAAGACCUCUUUGCUGGUAUGACAAAGGUGGAGCAGUUGCUUUACCUUUAUACCAAAACUGAACAAGAGUAAACCAAGUCAUACUGAUGGUAGCAAUGCAAGGAGGAGGGCCCCCUUCCCCCAUUCAACAAUCACCAUGUUGGAAUUAGAAAAUAAAAAAAAUAAAAAAUAAAAAAAUAAAAAGAGAGAAAGUGUGAGUGAGUGUUGUGAGAGUGAGUGUGCCGAAUGCACGCAUGAGAGGAACAACAGCGCUGGUGCUCUGUGUCAGAUGUUGAUUAUGCAUGUAUGGCUGUGCAGGUGUGUGCACAGAGCAGGUCAUAUUAGGUAGCACUGGUGGCACGGCACUGGUCUCCCCCCUACACAAUGGCGUUCACUAUCCAUUAAGUGGCAGCCAUGUGUGACUUCUCCCCCGCUCCACAUUGGCUGCUGUAUGGUUACUGGAUGACGUUGAAGCAGUGCCAGCCACUAGCCCCGCCUCUACUCUGUGCUGCUUAUGUGUGAAUGUCCUGGUGUGUAUAUACUGUAUAUGUAACAUAAGCCUGCUACUAUUAGGUUGCUUCAAACCGUCGCUGUUUUAUCCUCUCAUAAAGUUGCUGUCUCCCAGACCAGUGCUUCAGUGUGUGUGUUUGUAUGUACAAUGUAGUGAGUGUUAAUUGUCACAGAAAUUACACAAAAAGUUUUGUGUGGAUGUGAAUAUCAGUAUUUUCUAGAAAGGCCUGAUUUGCUUUGCUAUGUAAAUAUUUGCUUAUACUAACUCAGUCCAGGAAUAACUAUAUGAAAUUGAUGAAAUUAAAUCAUACUUUGCUUCCUGUGCCAAGCUAAGGCUUUUGUUUUUUGUGUCUAUUUAUAUGAUUUUUAAAAAAUGUUUAGUUACUUUUCAAAACUAUGAAACUGACGAGACUAGUUUGGUGGCGACAUCGGACCAGUGUGUCUUGUAUUAAGAAUUAAGUCUUUAUGUAAUACAUUCACAGGAAAUCAUGAAUGUAUUGGAUAGAGUAUUGAGCCAAGAGAGUCUCAUCUAAGCAGGAACGAGUGCCAGCAGUUUGACGGCCUCAAAGAUACUAGGUGUUGGCAGGUCAUCCCCCUUCUGUCCCCUCAUUCCUGUCAGUAGUAACUUACACUUGGCAAGGAAGAUCAGAGAAAACCUAUUCUUUUAUCAUUGUUAACCUCAUCACCCUUGAGGCUCAUUGGUGCUCUACAAGUAGAGCCUCCUUCCCUGGUCAUAGCGAGGUGGAUAAUAUACUCACAGAAAGAAGAGUGAAGCUUCAUGCUUCAAUGUGUCAAUGAUAGAUAAUUUCAAAUGAAUUACACUUCGUCCUAAGUGUCUUUGUCAUCAUGUGAGUUAUAAACCUUAUUUUUUGAGCAGCAAAGACCAAUAAUAUACAAGUGCAAGGUGACCUUGGCAUUAGGCCAGAAAAGAAAUGAAUGCACAAUAAGAAAUCUUGGAAACAGACCAUCUUUAAAGAGAUGGUCAACUGACAUAACCUUGCACAUUUAUUUUUAGGUUGAACUGGAAGUGUUUUACACUAGCGUUCAAGCUGCUGCUCUGUGGAGAUUGACAUUUCAUCAACAAGAACUGCAAGGCAGUUAGGUUUUAGUGUACCUUUCAAUGACUGCUGCUGCUGCUAACUCCUUGGAGCAGCUGUGAAUAAUAACCUAGUCAGUGUCCCGUGGGGUGUUGUGCCUGUAGGCUGGUAUGUCACUGGUCUAAGUCACCUCCCACACCAUCCAUUGCUUUGUAGCAUCCACCCCACAGACAUAACCAAUGCUUAUUACUCAAAUGGACAUGCUGUGUAUCAGUCGCCUCUCAAAAAUGUUACUCAAUAAACCUGUAGGUGA